CGUCAUAAUAUCAUGAUAUCAACCCACUCCACUCUAGCUGGCAUUGGCAGCAAUAGAUUUAGAAUAAAUUUAUUUUCGUAAUGUCAAAGCCAAAUUACUUUUCAUUGUUCUGAAAUAUUAGCUGAGAUUUGCUAAUUUAAUUUCAAUUUUUGAUUAUUCAAACGAAUUUUACCCUUCCAGCCAUCCUAAUGAGUGAAUUAGUGUGGGGAAUUAAAAAUGGUGAUCUUGAAAUUGUUAGAGACUAUGUUGAAUCUAAGGAAAUUGACCUAAACAAAGAAAUUGAUGGCCGUCCACCUCUCCAUUAUGCUGCAGACUACGGCCAAGAUCAUGUUAUACAAUAUCUCAUUCAAAAAGGUGCUGAUGUAAAUAUAAAAGAUAAGCAUGGAAUAAGUGUUCUUCUAGCAGCGAUAUGGGAGGGACAUACAAACUGUGUUAAAACAUUGCUAGAUAAGGGUGCGUGUAAAGACGGAGUGGCUCCGGAUGGGACGAGCUACCUCGAUGCGGCCGACAAGGAUGAAAUCAAGAAACUGCUGCAGUAAUUCGGAUGAACUAAACUCGAGCUGAUAAUAUUGUGAUUUGGUUAGUGCUAGGUUGGCUUUUGUGUGCAUGUAUGAGUGAUUUUAUACAUAACAUUCUAUCAUUUAAGCAUUUAUUCCAUUACUGUUAGCUAUUUUUAUAGUUACUCAACAAAUUCAACCAAACACUGUUAUUCGCGCUAUUGGAUUUGGAAUGUUGUUUUUGAUAGAAAAAUGCCUAAAAAACGUUCAGUGAUUUCUCUUUGUAUGGGAAAAAACUUGUAUAAUGAAUGUAAUACUGUUAUUAUAAUGAAAAUAUUUGUUCCUAAGACUAAAAGGUCUGGUUGAAACUCGUUAUCUAUUCUUAAAACUAUACUAUUGCAAACGCUCCAUAGUUUUCGUUUGGUGGACAAUUCAACAAUAAAUUUGUUUUACAAAAUCGAUGUCUUCUGAGCAGAUGUCGUAUACCUACGCUUCAAAAACUUAGCUAAAUUAUUUUAGUUAAAAGUUUAACUAAUUUUUUUGUGUACCGUACUCUACAAUUGGAAGAUUUUCGUUACCCUGUUCAUUGAUCAUUAUAGAGCUAACGAUUAAAUCUCCAGUCAUUUACGCUAUAGUUCUCAUCUAUUGAUGUUUUUAGAAUGAAUUUCAAAAUUGGCUGAGACAUGACAUUUCAAUUGUGAUUUUUCAGAAUCAAAUAACUACAUUGAAUUAAAUAAAAUAUAAUGCAUAAAUUUAUAUUUUCAAAUCGUUUCACAUAAGCUACUUUCAAUCUAUAUUUUUCUAACUUUUAAUUUAUCUUCUUCAAGAUAUAAAAUGAGAAUUUUUUAUCGUCCAGUAGUUUGUCUGCUAAAAAUGUAUGGCUCUUAGGAUAUGUGAUCAAAGUGCUUCAUAAAAUUAUAUAAACGUUUUUGAGAGAAUAUAGGCUAAUAUGCCAAUUAUUUGUCUGCAGAAAGUUUUAACUAAAUUUCGAGAAAAAUCAACAGUCCUUUCUCAAUAUCAGUAUAGAAUUCAGGAAUCUCAUUUAUUUGUAAAGAUUAAUAUUCCCUUUCAAGUCUGGAAUGUCCGGUUCAAUAGUUUUAUCUAAUCUUCCUAAAAUCUCUUUCAAUUUUUCGCUUUUUCAGACAGAGCUAUUGUGAUAGGAGACAUUUUAUACAAUAUUGAUAAUUUCCAAAGUAGUAUUAUUUUUUAUCGAACGUACUUAAAAAUCUGACGUAUUUUGCUAUCGAUUAGAAAGUAAUAUUAUAAUAAUCAUUACCAUUAAGAUCAAAUGUUUUUUGUAGCUCAUUAUUACCGAUAUUCUUUGAAAAUAAAGAUUUCACUAAAAUGAAUAUUUUGAUAAUAGUCAGUAAAUUGUGUGUAGGCUAUGGUUUUUUCGUUGACAAAAUUCAGUCUACAUAAAAUUCAAGUAUAUUUCUAUCAUCGAAUUCAUUUAGCCUAUCAAGUUAUUCGAGUUAACUUGAAUCUACAAUUUUUAAACAUUAAUUAUUAUUCCCUCCUCUAUCAACAUCGUAUCAAAUGAUCAUCUUAUUCAUUCUAUUUUUAAAAAGUGUUCCUUAACUAAUUGCUUCGUGAGUUUUAUUAAUUCAUUUUAUUGUUCAACACUUUGUUUAAAAUUUUAUUUUAUCAUCGAUCUCCCAUCUGAAAACCAAUGAGAAUUCACGUAUUUUAUUAUAUUUAUAAUUAUUUAUAGAAUAUAGUGUCUCAAUUAUGUUCAUAAUAUUUUAUAAUCAAUUGCACUAGUAUCUGUGUUGAUAUGUCUAACAGAUUUUUAAAGUUUAAAAACUUGAAUUUAAAUAUGAUUCAUGUUUUGUUCACUAAUUAAUUAAAAGGUUUUAAUAUUA